AUGCCAGCCGUCCUUGCCCAAACGAUCUCCGAGCUUGUGGAUGUUCAGCUUGCUGGACUUGAACGAAACAACAGACAAUUGCGGGUCUCCAAUGAUCUCGAGCUCGGGGAUCUCCUCGUCAACCGUUUGUCUGAGUCUGCGGGCGGUCAAGAUGAUGUCCUGGCACGCUCUCGUGUACCCGUCGUCGCCCAUGUACACCAUAGUGGCCCAGGCGCCGACCGUCAGUGCUCCGGGACGGGAGCCAGCAAGCGUAGGCGAUCCGUACAGACCUCCCACCCAUUCGGUGGACACGAAGUACUGGUACUUUCUGUACUCGUUGGAGCGGUACAUGAUAAUGGAGGAGCCCUUUGGAGCAAAGCCGUACUUGUGGGUGUCGCAACUGAUGGACGUGACGCCCGGGAGUCUAAAGUCGAACGGCUUUAG